AUAUAGUGAAUGCGGGGUCCGGGGAGAGCGGAUACAGUGAAUGCAGGGUCCAGGGAGAGUGGAUAUAGUGAAUGCGGGGUCCGGGGAGACCAGAUAUAGUGAAUGCGGGGUCCGGGGAGAGCAGAUAUAGUGAAUGCGGGGUUCGGGGAGAGCGGAUAUAGUGAAUGCAGCAUCCUGGGAGACCGGAUAUAGUGAAUGCGGGGUCCGGGAAGAGCGGAUAUAGUGAAUGUGGGGUCCGGGGAGACCAGAAUAUAGUGAAUGCGGGGUCCGGGGAGAGCGGAUGUAGUGAAUGCAGGUUCCGGGGAGAGCGGAUAUAGUGAAUGCGGGGUCCGGG